CUCCUCUUACCUGUCUUGAGGUGUAGAUCCUACUUUCAGUACUGCUAGACAUUGGUUAGUAGUCGAUACAGGUUCUUUAGUGAGUGCGUCGUGGAGUACCGUUGGUUCUUUAGUUGGAUUUUUUUUUAUUUUGUAACACAGGAAUUUUGACUGUUCACAUGUGGCAAUCGUAUACAAUUUUGUGAUAUCAACGACAGGGUGAUGCUGAUACGUCUACAGGCGGCCAUAUUGGUCGCCAUAUUAACUAUAUGUAGGGAAUGUCUAAGUCAGAAUGCAACACAAAAUUUAUUUAGCUGUCCAUCAGGUUGGGAACUACGCGGACUACAUUGUUAUAAAUUUUUCAAUAUUAGGCAUUCCUGGGAAAAGGCUGCAGAGCUUUGCAGAAGGUAUGGUAGUGAAUUGAUGGCAGUAGAAACAUUUAGUGAAAAUAACAUAACAGCUGCGAUAGCUACCUCAUCGGUGCCACUAGAAAGGCGAGGAGCCAAUCACUAUUGGCUCGGUCUAGCCUCUUUAGACGAUCUCCGAACCAAUACUCUUGAAUCAGCAGCAGGUGCCUUAGUCUCACAGUAUUCAGGAUUUUGGUCUCUGAAUCAACCGAAUCCAGAAGCCGGAGAAUGUGUGGACGUGAUAGUAACAGAAGAAGCUCAAUCAUGGGAACUGACGACUUGCGAAAGCCUGCAACCUUUCAUGUGUCGGGCACGCGCGUGUCCCACCGGUUCGUUUCAUUGCUCUAACGGUUUGUGCGUCAACGAAAAAUUCCGUUGCGACAAACAAGACGAUUGCGGCGAUGGUUCGGACGAGUUGGAUUGCGCGACGAAUUGCAACUUCUAUCUGGCUAGCAGCGGAGAUGUAGUAGAAAGUCCUUAUUAUCCUCAUAAGUAUGCUCCCUUAACGAACUGCAAAUGGACGUUGGAAGGACCGCAAGGUCACAACAUCUUACUCCAAUUUCAAGAAUUCGAAACAGAAAAAACAUUUGACACGGUUCAAAUCCUAGCAGGCGGUAGAACAGAAGACACGUCCAUAAACCUAGCCACGCUUUCAGGAAAACAGGACUUAACCAACAGGUCCUUCGUAUCAGGAUCAAACUUCAUGAUAAUUAAAUUCAGUACUGAUGCUUCUGUGGAACGGAAAGGAUUCAGAGCUUCCUGGAAGACUGAACCUCAAACGUGCGGUGGUACCCUACGUGCGACACCUCAAGGACAGGUUUUAAGUUCACCGGGGUAUCCAGAACAGUAUCCUGGUGGAUUGGAAUGCUUGUAUGUCAUACAAUCUCAAGGCGGGAAAAUUAUAACACUUGAGGUUGACGACUUAGAUUUAGAUGAAACUCGAGAUUUUAUUUUGGUUAGAGACGGUGAUUCCCCGAAAAGCAAACCCAUCGCUAAAUUGACCGGAAAAUGGGAAAAUAAUCAAAAAGUGAUCAUGUCGACCAGUAACCAUUUAUAUAUUUACUUUAGAACUAGACUAGGAGACUCAAGGAGAGGAUUUAGGAUCAGAUACACACAAGGUUGCAAAGCAACAAUUGUGGCUAGAAAUGGCACAAUAUCCUCGCCAGCCUUCGGAUUGGAAAACUAUCCAAGCAACCAAGAAUGUCUGUAUAAAAUCAGAAAUCCAGGUGGUCAACCGCUAUCGCUUAAUUUCGGUAAUUUCGAUGUCGACAAAUCAGACUUCGUGCAAGUCUUUGACGGCCCUACAACUAGCGGACUUAGACUGCAUUCUGGAAACGGUUUCAGCUCUGAAAUGAAACCCAAAAUAACUCUAACUGCGUCAACCGGAGAAAUGCUGGUUAGAUUCAUGACAGACGCUCUACACAACAAUAUUGGAUGGGAAGCAACAUUUUCAGCAGAUUGUCCUCCUCUCCAGCCUGGAGUCGGAGCGUUAGCCUCAAGCAGAGACACAGCUUUCGGUACCAUCAUAACCUUCAACUGUCCAACUGGACAAGAAUUCGCUACCGGUCGCAACAGAUUAACAACGCAAUGUAUGCUGGGCGGAAACUGGUCUAUCAGUUACAUACCUAAAUGUCAAGAAGUUUACUGUGGGCCUGUUCCACAAAUAGAUAACGGGUUCUCCAUUGGAUCAACUAACGUUACCUACAGAGGCCAGGCUAUGUACCAAUGUUACGCUGGAUUUGCUUUUCCUACAGGUCAAGCUAUAGAAAGGAUAUCGUGUUUGUCGGAUGGACAUUGGGAGAAGAAACCAAAUUGUUUAGCAUCUCAAUGUUCUACUUUACCGGAAGUACCUCACGCAAAUGUAACCGUAUUGAACGGUUUGGGGCGAUCGUAUGGUACCAUUGUGAGGUACGAAUGCGAACCAGGAUACAUCCGAAGUGGCCCGCCGGUUAUUCUGUGUAUGAGCAACGGUACCUGGUCUGGGGACGUACCUAUUUGUUCACGUGCCAAAUGUCCCCAAUUCCCAGAAAUCCAGAACGGAUUUCUAACAGACACCUCCAGAGACUACUACUACAACGACGAAGCUAGAGUCCAAUGUUACAAAGGCUACAAGUUAAUCGGUAGCAGCAUCAUAAGGUGCGGCGAAAAUCAACUGUUCAACAAUGCGCCCAGAUGCGAAGAUAUCAACGAGUGUAUAACUAGUCAAUGCGAUCUGGCUUCAACCGAAUGCGUCAACGUACCAGGAUCAUUUCAUUGCAAGUGUCGCAAAGGUUUUGAAACGACGCAAGAAUGUAGACCGGUUGGUGAUUUGGGAUUAGUGAAUGGUGGUAUUCCUGACGAAUCGAUAACUGUAUCUGGCAAUGAAGCUGGAUAUGAUAAGUCGAUGGUUCGUCUCAACGGAGGAGGGUGGUGCGGCAACACAAUCGAAGGUGGUUCCAAUUGGAUACUACUGGACUUAAAAGCUCCAACGGUAAUAAGGGGAUUCAGAACUAUGGCGGUGCAAAGACUAGACGGGAACAUAGCUUUUACUUCAGCAGUCCGAAUUCAGUAUACCGACGAUUUAACAGACGUGUUCAAAGAGUACAGAAAUCCUGAUGGCCUUGCAGUCGAGUUUACGAUUGAAAAACCAACUUUAUCCAUACUAAAUUUACCAGUACCGAUCGAAGCGCAGUAUAUCAAAUUCAAAAUCCAAGAUUACGUUGGAGCGCCAUGUCUAAAACUGGAAGUAAUGGGUUGCACACGAUUGGAAUGUAUUGACAUCAACGAAUGUUCUGUCAACAAUGGCGGAUGUCAGCAGAAAUGUAUAAAUAACGCGGGAGACUCUUCCUGCGGUUGUAAUAUAGGUUAUGAAUUGUAUACACACAACGGUACUGCAUCGUUUCACAUAGAAAAUUCAGAAAAUGGCGCGCGUAAUGGCGAUGUAUAUCAAAUUGACAAAUCCUGCGUUCCUGUUAUGUGCCCGACAGUCGCAGCACCAGAAAACGGCGCCAUUUUAUCGACGAAAGAUAAGUUUCAUUUCGGUGAUUUGAUUCGUUUCCAAUGCGACUUUGGAUACGUGAUGACUGGAUCUGCUUCCUUACUAUGUACCACAUCGGGUGUUUGGAAUGGGUCGCUGCCAGAAUGCAAAUAUGCACAAUGUGUAUCUUUACCCGAUGAUAAAAACGAAGGACUCAAAGUGCUGCGCAACGAUGAAGACAGCGUGUUAGUACCAUUCAGGGAUAACGUAACCCUUCACUGCAACACAAACGGAAGAACUUUGAGACGGACAUCAACUUCCGGCUUCAGACAAUGCGUUUACGAUCCAAAGCCGGGACUUCCGGAUUACUGGCUGAGCGGUAUUCUUCCAUCCUGCCCUCGCGUUGAUUGUGGUCCCCCACCACCGAGUCCUGGUGCUGAGUACGGCCAGUUUGUCGACACCAAAUACCAAUCAUCGUUCUUCUUCGGUUGCCAAAAUACUUUUAAACUAGCUGGGCAAAGUAGUAAAUACGAUAACGUAGUGAGAUGCCAAGCCAAUGGUGUCUGGGACUUCGGGGAUUUAAGAUGUGAAGGUCCUGUAUGUCAAGAUCCAGGACGACCUAGUGACGGUUAUCAAAUUUCGAGGAGUUACGAACAAGGAUCUGAGAUAUCAUUCGGUUGCCACCGACCGGGUUAUAUUCUAAUCAAUCCAAGACCGAUUACUUGCGUUAGAGACCCCGAAUGUAAGAUAGUUCGUCCUUUGGGAAUUGCAUCGGGAAAGAUUCCUGAUUCUGCCAUUAAUGCUACGAGCGAAAGACCUAACUACGAAGCGAGAAAUGUCAGGUUGAAUUCUGUUACCGGGUGGUGUGGAAAGCAGGAAGCUUUUACUUACGUCAGCGUUGAUCUAGGUAAAGUAUACCGCGUGAAAGCCAUACUAGUAAAAGGAGUGGUGACCAAUGAUAUAGUCGGAAGGCCGACAGAAAUUAGGUUCUUCUACAAACAAGCAGACAACGAAAAUUACGUCGUUUAUUUCCCGAACUUCAACUUGACGAUGAGGGAUCCUGGAAAUUAUGGCGAACUUGCUAUGAUUUCUUUGCCGAAAUACGUCCAAGCUAGAUUCGUUAUCUUAGGUAUCGUCAGUUACAUGGAUAACGCCUGUUUGAAAUUCGAAUUAAUGGGUUGUGAUGAACCAGAAAAAGAACCGCUGUUAGGAUACGAUUACGGAUAUUCACCUUGCGUUGAUAACGAGACACCAGUCUUCCAAAAUUGUCCCCAACAACCAAUAGUUGUUCAAAAAGACGCAAAUGGCGGUAUUCUUCCAGUUAAUUUCACAGAACCGACUGCUGUGGAUAACUCUGGAAGCAUCGCCAGAUUAGAGGUAAAGCCAGCAAGUUUCAGAACUCCUAUGUACGUUUUCGAAGACAUGGUAGUUAAAUAUGUAGCGUACGAUUACGAUGGAAAUGUAGCCAUUUGCGAAAUAAAUAUUACUGUACCAGAUCAUACACCACCGCAACUGAGCUGUCCCCAGAGCUACGUUAUCGAGCUGGUAGACAGGCAAGACAGUUAUGCCAUUAACUUCAACGAAACCCGUCGCAGAUUGAACGCAACUGACGCAUCGGGAGAAGUACACAUUACUUUCAUCCCAGAUAAAGCCACAAUUUCGAUCGGUGAUUUCCAAAACGUUACAGUCAUCGCCAACGAUAAAUACGGCAACAAAGCCUCCUGUUACUUCCAGGUGUCAGUUCAAGCGACACCUUGCGUGGAUUGGGAACUCAAACCCCCUGUAAACGGGGCGCUAAAUUGUUUACCAGGAGACAAAGGAUUGCAGUGUAUUGGCACUUGUAAUCCGGGCUAUAGGUUUACUGAUGGAGAUCCAGUUAAAACUUUCUCUUGUGAAACUAACAGUCCUUGGAAGCCGAGCUCUGUGAUUCCAGAUUGUGUCUCAGAAAAUACGCAACAAGCUGACUACCACUUCACAGCGUCCAUCAAUUACAGAGCCAACGGGGCUGUAGCUACCUCCUGUUUGAACCAAUACACCGAGCUCCUAGCACAAUAUUACAAAAAUCUUAACGCAGUUUUAUCUGAACGAUGUUCAGCUGUCAACGUAAAAAUGAACGUAACGUUUAUUCAAGCGGUCGCAACAUUAGUUGAAGAAAAUGUCGUCAAAGUCGAUUACAUUUUAGACAUAAUUCCGAUAGUACGACAACCCCAACUCUACGAUCUUUGCGGCAGUACUUUAAAUUUGAUGUUCGAUCUAUCGGUACCAUAUGCCAAUGACAUAGUCGAACCUCUUUUGAAUGUCUCUUCCAUUGGAAAUCAAUGCCCGCCUCUUAAAGCUCUGAAAUCAACUAACCAAAGAGGUUUUACGUGCAACGUAGGCGAAGUUCUGAAUAUGGACACUAACGACGUACCUAGAUGCUUGCACUGCCCUGCUGGGACUUUUGCUGGAGAAAAACAAAAAGAAUGUACUUACUGCCCCAAAGGAUUUUACCAAAAUCGCGACAGACAGGGAUCUUGCAAUAGGUGCCCACAAGGAACUUAUACCAGAGAAGAAGGAUCCAAAAGUGUCCACGAUUGUAUCCCAGUCUGCGGCUACGGUACAUAUUCACCCACAGGUCUAGUCCCUUGCUUGGAAUGUCCUAGAAACAGUUUUACGAGCGAACCCCCCACCGGAGGCUUCAAAGAUUGCCAAGCUUGUCCGGCAAAUACGUUUACGUACCAACCAGCUGCAGCAGGAAAAGAUAAAUGUAGACCAAAAUGUAGUCCUGGUUAUUACUCCCCAACUGGUUUAGCGCCAUGCUCUAUGUGCCCCCAUAAUUUCUACCAAUCGCUAUCAGGUCAAAUAUCCUGCAGUGAGUGCCCAAGUAAUAUGAAGACGGAAAUUCCUGGAGCUACAGGAAGGGAUGAAUGUCGCUCUAUUCAAUGCAAAGAAAACGCUUGUCAACAUGGAGGACUUUGCAUACCGAUGGGACACAACAUAAACUGUUUCUGCCCAGCUGGUUUUACUGGUAGAAGAUGCGAGGUUGAUAUUGAUGAAUGCUCGUCUCAGCCAUGUUACAACGGCGGAACUUGUAUCGAUUUACCUCAAGGCUACAAAUGCCAGUGUCCACCCGGAUACUCAGGAGUUAACUGUCAAGAAGAACGCUCUGAUUGCUCUAAUGAUACAUGCCCUGCUCGAGCUAUGUGCAAAGAUGAACCAGGAUACAACAAUUACACCUGUUUAUGCAGAUCUGGUUACACUGGAAUUGAUUGCGAUGUCACAAUCGAUCCUUGCACAGCGAAUGGAAAUCCUUGCAAUAACGGAGCUACUUGCGUAGCUCUGCAGCAAGGCAGAUUUAUGUGCGAAUGUCUCCCAGGAUGGGAGGGACAACUAUGCGAAACCAACAUAGAUGAUUGCGCCGAAAAACCUUGUUUAUUAGGCUCUAACUGUACAGAUUUAGUGGGUGAUUUCAGUUGCACGUGCCCGCCUGGUUUUAGCGGAAAAAGAUGCCAGGAAAAGAUAAACAUGUGCAGUAGGAACCCUUGCAAGAAUGGAGUGUGCAUUGAUAAACUAUUUGAAUACGAAUGUGUUUGCGAUCGUGGAUGGACUGGAGAACUUUGCGAAUCAAACAUUAACGACUGUCAACCUAAUCCGUGUCAAAACGGCGGUCAUUGCGUUGAUGGAAUAGACGAUUACAAAUGUACCUGCGAACCAGGUUUUACCGGGAAAAAAUGCCAACAUCCUUUAGAUUUCUGUUCUUCAAAACCAUGCCAAAAUGGAGCCACUUGCACAGAUUUGGUAGACGGAUUUUCAUGCAAAUGCAGACCGGGCUUCGUCGGACUACAAUGCGAAGCUGAAAUCGAUGAAUGUCUUAGCGAUCCUUGCAAUCCCAUAGGAACCGAAAGAUGUGUAGACUUGGACAAUAAAUUCGUCUGUAUGUGCAGAGAAGGCUACACCGGAAACGCCUGUCAAACGAACAUCAACGACUGCCAAUCUCAACCUUGUCUCAACGGUGGUACUUGCAGAGACGAAGUCGGUUCCUAUCGUUGUGUAUGCAGACCAGGAUGGACCGGACCCAACUGCGAGACCGACAUUGGAAGUUGUCAGUCGCGUCCUUGCCAAAACGAUGCCAAGUGUAUCAAUCUUUUCCAGGACUACUUCUGUGUCUGUCCAUCUGGUACUGACGGUAAACAAUGCGAGACAGCUCCAGAGAGAUGCAUCGGUAACCCGUGCAUGCACGGUGGAAAAUGCCAAGAUUUCGGCUCUGGUUUGAAUUGUUCCUGCAGUGAUGGAUUCAGCGGAAUCGGUUGCCAGUACGAGUACGACGCAUGCCAAGCCAAAGCUUGCAAGAAUGGCGCAACAUGUCUUAACGAAUUCCCCGGUUUUAAAUGCGUUUGUCCACCGGGAUACACUGGAAAAUUCUGCGGUGAAGAUAUAGUUGAUUGCAAAGAAAAUUCUUGCCCGCCCAGUGCUACUUGCAUCGACCUUACCGAGAAAUUUUACUGCCAAUGUCCGUUCAAUUUGACAGGAGAGGAUUGCAGAAAAACGAUAUCUGUGGAUUACGACCUGUACUUCAGUGAUGCGACGAGAAGCUCAGCUUCACAGGUCAUACCUUUCUACACCGGUACCAAAUCUAGCUUAACGAUCGCCAUGUGGGUGCAAUUUACUCAAAGAGAUGAAAACGGCAUAUUCUUCACACUUUACAGCGUAACUAACAAAUUCGUUCCAACUGACAGACGUCCCAUAGUUCAAGCGCAUUCGAACGGUGUUCAAAUUUCUAUGUUCCCAGAUUUACAAGAUGUCUAUUUAAGCUAUCGCGAUUACACGACAGUAAAUGACGCGCAAUGGCAUCACAUCGCUGUGGUAUGGGAUGGAGAAAACGGUGGCGAACUCAAACUGAUCACUGAAGGUCUGAUAGCAAGCAAAGUGAAAGGUUACGGUAGCGGCAGGAAAUUACCAGAAUACGCCUGGGCCACAUUAGGAAAACCACAAACGGGCAACCCCAAGGCUUAUACCGAAUCAGGCUUCCAAGGUCAUUUGACGAAGGUGCAAAUUUGGGGAAGAGCUUUGGAUGUGACGAACGAAGUCCAAAAGCAAGUAAGAGAUUGUAGAACGGAACCUGUGCUAUAUAGAGGUCUGAUACUCACAUGGGCUGGUUACGAAGAUACAGUAGGUGGCGUUGAGAGAAUAGUACCUUCACAUUGCGGACAAAGAAACUGCCCGCCAGGAUAUAAAGGAGCUAAAUGUCAGGAUCUUGAAGUCGAUAAGAUACCACCAAAGGUUGAAUACUGUCCGGGAGACUUAUGGAUAAUCACCAAAAAUGGAUCUGCUUUGGUAGUAUGGGACGAACCACACUUCACCGAUAAUGUUGGAAUAACAAAAAUCCAAGAAAAGAACGGUCACAGACCGGGACAAACCUUGCUAUGGGGUAUUUAUCAGAUAGCCUACGUUGCCUCGGAUGCUGCUGGAAAUACAGCCACCUGUACAUUCAAAGUAUCUGUAUUGUCUGAAUUCUGUCCAGAACUUCCCGACCCCGUGGGUGGAAUGCAGUUGUGCAAGGAUUGGGGAGCCGGUGGUCAGUUUAAAGUUUGCGAAAUUGGAUGCAAUCCAGGUUUGAGGUUUUCGCAAGAGAUACCAUUGUUCUAUACGUGCGGAGCUGAAGGAUUCUGGAGACCGACAAAGAACUCCAACCUUCCAAUGAUUUAUCCUGCUUGUUCUUCUGCCAAACCGGCUCAAAGGGUCUUCAGGAUAGACAUGCUAUUCCCAAGCUCUGUAUUAUGUAACGAAGCGGGUCAAGGAGUUCUGAAGCAAAAGGUUCGAAACGCCGUUAACUCUUUGAACAGGGAUUGGAACUUCUGUUCUUUCUCGGUGGACGGUACUAGAGAAUGUAAGGAACUCAACAUCGAUGUGAAAUGCGACCACAGAGCCGGCAGACAAACGAGACAGGCCAACGAUGACGAAGAUGGCGGCACUUAUGUCGUUAAAAGCGACGUACCAGUUGAGAAAAGUUCCCGUCAAGGAAGGCAAUCCUCCUCCUCCAGUGACACGUACGACAUUGAAAUCUCCUUCCCGGCGAUAAACGACCCAGUAGUUAACCUAAAUACCAACGAAAGGACAACCGUAAAAGCCCUUUUAGAGAAACUUAUAUUGGAAGAAGAUCAAUUCGACGUAGGAGAUAUUUUACCAAAUACAGUACCAGAUCCAUCAUCGUUGAUCCUCCAAUCCGACUACGCCUGUCCAAUAGGUCAAGUUGUAAUGCCACCAGAUUGCGUUCCAUGUGCUAUCGGCAGUUACUACGACAAAGAUACCAAAACCUGCAUCUCAUGUCCUAAAGGAUUCUAUCAAAGCGAGACUGGGCAAACUCAAUGUAUACAGUGUCCUGCUAUAGCAGGAAGACCAGGAGUUACGGUCAGCGUUGGAGCUAGAAGCGCAGCAGAUUGCAAAGAACGCUGCCCAGCAGGUAAAUUCUACGACCAUGAAGCCGGUUUGUGUCGCAGUUGCGGUCACGGUUUCUAUCAACCUAGCGAAGGUUCUUUCUCGUGCGAGAUAUGCGGUCUUGGAAAAACGACAAGAACCAAUGAAGCUGUUUCUAUCAAGGAAUGCAGAGAUGAGUGCGGCAGUGGUCUACAAUUGGGCGUAGACGGCAAGUGCGAGCCGUGCCCUAGAGGCACCUACAGAAGUCAAGGUGUUCAAUCUGCUUGCCAAACGUGUCCAUUGGGAAGGACGACGCCCAAAUCUGGUGGAGUAACCGUCGAGGAAUGUUCUUUGCCUGUGUGUUCACCGGGAUCGUACCUUAACGGUACUUUAAAUAAUUGCGUAUCGUGCAAGAAAGGAUUCUAUCAAUCUGAAUACCAGCAGACAACUUGUAUUCCUUGCCCGCCGAAUACAAGCACUAAUGGACCUGCGGCGACGAGCAGAGCAGAGUGCACGAACCCGUGCGAAACGAACGGAUCAGAAAUGCACUGCGAUCCGAACGCGUAUUGCUUACUAAUGCCAGAAACGAGCGAGUUCAAAUGCGACUGUAAACCUGGCUUUAACGGAACGGGUGAGGAGUGCUUCGAUGUUUGCGAUGGAUUCUGCGACAACGAAGGUACGUGCGUCAAAGAUGUCAGAGGACAGCCGUCCUGCAGGUGUAUAGGCAGCUUUACCGGAAAACACUGUACUGAGAAAUCCGAGUUCGCUUAUAUUGUAGGAGGAAUAGCGGCUUCAGUCAUACUGAUCAUAUUUAUUGUUCUAUUAAUAUGGAUGAUUUGUGCAAGGGCGAGUCGCAGGAAAGAACCGAAGAAACUUUUAACCCCCGCUACAGACCAAAACGGCUCUCAGGUCAACUUCUACUACGGAGCUCCGACGCCGUACGCAGAAAGCAUAGCCCCUAGUCACCAUUCGACCUACGCGCACUAUUACGACGACGAAGAGGACGGUUGGGAGAUGCCGAACUUCUACAACGAAACGUACAUGAAAGAGAGUUUGCACAACGGUGUGAACGGUAAAAUGAACAGUUUAGCUCGUUCUAACGCGAGCAUAUACGGUACAAAGGACGAUCUGUACGAUAGACUGAAACGCCAUGCCUAUCCCGGCAAAAAAGGUAACCAGAAUAUUGGUUAUAAAAGUGACAGUGAAAGUGAAGGUCAAUAAACUAAUCUGGUCAUGAUCUGUUCAAUGCUCAAGUAGCAAAUUAACUAUCUAGUUAAUAUUAUAAAAAAUAUGAAUGUUACAAGUACCAUAUAUAUUAUAAAAAAGUUAAUUUAUAUUUAAAGUGUAUUUUGUAAAAUAAUAGGUACAUUGUAAUUUUUUUAAUAUCGAACCUAUGUAUAUUUAUAUUUAAACUCUGUUGAAAGUUUUUCGUUGUACACAACUAUACAAAGGACUGAAAAAUACCGACUAUAUUCGGUAACACGUUUUUAUAAUCUCUCGAUUCCAGAAAUAUUUGCAACUAAAUCAAUUUAUUUCUCAUCUGUAAACGUUUUUACAAAAAAUUUCACGAAUGUCAUUAAUUUGACAGAUGACUAAUGACGUAAAGGAG